CUCCACUCUGAUGUGUUCCAGUCCUGCCAGACCAGUCUGCUCUCAGCUCGGCUUCCUCUACGAAGUAGGGUCAGGGUUCUAGUACCUUCUACGUUGGGAUCUCGAGAACUACUUGUGUCCGGUCAGGACAUGCGGAGAGGCGGAGGCACAUUUUGGUCUUCUUGCAGCAGCCACAUUCUCCUCCUCGUCUUCGUGGUCGUCAGUUUGGGAGCGUGACGCUGCCAAGUCAUGAAGGAACACCCUUGUGGUUGUCACUGAAGUUGCAAACACCUUGACGUUGGAUUUUUCUUAUUUUUUUUCUGAAGACACUUUCUAACGAAAUCCCCAGUUUUUUUUCCCCCACCGGCGCGCCUGUGUAAAUAACCAGACACCAUGACGACCUCAUCAAUUCGCCGGCAGAUGAAAAAUGUGGUCAACAGCUACACGGAGGCCGAGAUCAAGGUGCGAGAAGCCACCUCCAACGACCCGUGGGGCCCCUCCAGCUCGCUGAUGGCGGAAAUUGCUGACCUGACCUACAACAUGAUGGCCUUCACCGAGGUCAUGGGUAUAUUGUGGAGGCGGCUCAACGACCACGGGAAAAACUGGCGCCACGUGUACAAGGCGCUUGGCCUGAUGGACUACCUGGUCAAAACGGGCUCGGAACGUGUGGCGCAGGAGUGCCGGGACAACAUCUACUCCAUUCAGACCCUGAAAGAUUUCCAGUACAUAGACCGAGACGGACAGGACCAAGGGCAGCACAUACGCGAAAAGGCCAAGAAUCUGGUUUCUCUGCUGAAGGACCCAGAAAAGCUGAAAAAGGAGAGGAGCCAGGCGUUGAAAACCAAGUCGCGUAUGGUGGGGGUGCAAUAUUCCUUUGGAGAUCUGCCUCCUCCGUACCCGGGAAGCCACUCCAGCCAUUACGGGACGUACCCGUCCAGGAGCUCACCUUCCUCUGUGCAUUGGUCAAUCUACCAGCAUCAAACAACUGUUAUUCAAAGUCCAGCCUCCUCUUCCUCCUCGCCUAGACUAGCGCCAGAUUUGGAGCAGGCUCGGCCCACUACCAGCGGAGAGGAGGAGCUUCAGCUGCAGCUGGCCUUGGCCAUGAGCCGGGAGUCUGAUGAAAACAGCGAGUUGCAGAGUGCCGGCAAGACAGUCAAGAAGCCUUCCAAGCCUAUGCCGGCCACAAUGGACAUGGACGAUGACGCUCAAAUGAAGUUAGCUCUGAACAUGAGCAAGGAGACGCUCGUACAGGAGAAGCUCAGUCGUCAAGGCGACGAGUCGAUGCUGCGGAAAGCUUUGGAGGAGAGCAAACGUGAGAUGUCGUCUAAAGGCGGGACCGCGUUCAUGGACCUGGUGGAUGUAUUUUCAGUGUCUUCAGAUCCUCCUCCUAGUGACCAAAAAUGGAAAAACACUGCAUACUCCUCGUCUGUUCGUACCAGAGGGUCGAGCUCCUGGGACCCCUUGGAUGGAAGAAGCAGCUCGUUAAGAUUAGAUUCUCCCUGGUUGGUGUCGCCCACCUCCACUAGUCCCCCUCCAGCCUGGGAGCCAAGCUCGCCCCCAAGCAACCCUUGGGAUGCCCCAAAGAGCAGUGCCUCUAAACUAUGGGGACUCUCCAACACAGAUGGGGAUCUGUUUGAUGAAGCCAUGGACGGAGGCUCCAUGAACAUCAACGGGCGAAGGGAGGGCAGCCCUGAGAUCUAUGACUUGACCCAACUCAGACGAAGCCUGGUGGAGCCCACCCCUCGUACACUGCAUACCCCAGAGGCCUUCCUUGGACCCUCAGCUGCUUCAUUGGUCAACAUGGACACUUUGAUCCCAGCUCAGCCCGCGACCUUGAACCCCUUUCUAUCAGAUGGAGUCCCUCCCGCAACCAGCAAUCCAUUCCAAGUAGACCAGACCAGACUAACUCUGGAUCAAAUGGGCUCGGCCACGCUAGAGGGGUCUCUUCCGUACAGCACCUCCCUACCACUGCCUAUCAACCACCAGCCCACCAACCUCCCAUUGUCUUACACUCAUCCCACCCCGACUGCCUUGGAUCUACCUGAGCCUUUGUUGCCCUUCUCUACUGGCAGCACUCUGGACCAGGCUGCACCGAACAAUCAGAACCCUUUCCUAUGAGGACCACUUCAACUGGAGAGAAUACUGUGGGGAAAAUACAACUAGGCUUAAAACGUCAGAUUGAACUGCAACGCUCUUUCAUUUGUAAUAUAUACUGUGUUAUAACACGCUAACCUUUACUGAUGCAUGCUGCUUUUCUCAACAGGAUAGAAAUCAUGCAACUAAUAUCCCAUAAAUGUCCUUUUUAGGCUAUUGCUAAUUGGCUACCUUGACUAAAUACAUAGAAGUUGUGGUUGUUGCACUUUUGCCAUUAUCUCUGACUGGUUUUGUGUAGUCAACAAUCCCCCUGCCCACUCAGCUGUUUGUGUGUUGUCACACAUCAGUCUGGACUCUGGACUCACUCUGGAAAAUUAUUAACUUUCUGUUGGCAAACCAUCUGUUGGAUAACAACUGGAUUUAGGUGAUAGAAAAUAUAUAAUUUGGGAGGGCCGAGUGCUUCAGGAGUUACGAUAAAUAUUAAAAAUAGUUUUGUUUGUAAACAAGAGUGCGAUGAGAGCACUAUUGUAAGUAUAAAACUGAACUGCUCUCUGUAUUUGCUGUUCACACUACACCCCAUGUAGGUUCAUAGUCCACAAGCAUCAGUGAUUCCUGCAAUCCACUGGUGAAUACAUUGACAUUUUUGCAUAUUUAAUCCAGCUACUUACUUAACUGAAGUGCCAUCUUUCUAUCUUCCCAUGGCUCUACUGAGUUGACUUUUCCUUUAAGUCUGAAUAAAAUGUCACUUAUGGCGAUUUA